GUUACGACGUGGCCAGUUCGUCAUGCUUGCCGCCGGCCUCAGCGCGCUGCUGCUCAUGGCCACGGCCAUAGCCGUCGACGUCGACGUCUACCACCACUUUGAGAACCAUGACUUCUUUAGCAUGCGCAUGAUGGGCGACGACGGCGCCUUCCGAUGGAACACGUACAGCGCGGUGCAAGAGUUUGCGAUGGACGCCGGCGGCGAGGUGCUGAUCUCGGGCGUGAGCGCGUCUCACCCGAUAUCGUUUUCGCUCUACACGUACGAGCAGUGGGAUGUCUACCGGUCGCUCGUCUUCCAGAUCACGUCCAUGGCCGCGUACGACGAGACGAUGGCGCUGACGUGCAUGUACCCGGCCGCCGCCCGCAUCCCAUUCGACCCGCGACGCACGAAGAACGCCUCUGCCAUGUCUAUUCGCAUCCCGAUCACGGUCGCGAGCCAGUACACGCUGCAGAUCGAGAGCUGCAUGCCUGCGUACAACCUCGUGCAGGCCAAGGUCGUCAUGCGCAACGUGGCCUACGACGGCCGCGUCACGGAGCACUUGGGCGUCGACCAGCUCGGAUUGCUGCCCGUGUACAUGAUCAUGACGGCAGCCUUCGUCUUGAUGACGACACUCUGGGGCAUCGACUGCCUCCGCAAGGAGCGCCCUACUUACGCCAUCCAUGGCGUCUUUGGUCUCUGCCUCGUUGUGCGCACGUUCGAGUGCAUGAUCAAGCUGUGGCAUUACCGCGUGCUGAGCAAGUCGGGGCGGACGCGGUCGUACUUGAGUGUCGGGAAGGACAUGUGCGAGCACAUGACGACGACCGUGCUCCUCCUCUUCCUCCUUCUCUCAUCGCUCGGCUGGUCGAUGCGGCGCCGGUACUUGACGCAGAGUGAGCGGCGCAUCGUGCAAGCGUGCUUCGUGUUGUACGUGUUUGUGGCCAUGACCAAGGCGACAUGCGACAGCCGCAACCAGGUGUGCCAAGGCUACAUGCUCACCGAGUAUGUGCUCAAGUCGCUCAUGCUGCUCGGUAUCAUCAUUACGCUCAAUUACUCAAUCGCGCAGCUGCAAACCAAGCUCGAGAACGAAUACGGGCGCUGGACCGAGUCCAAGAUCCCGAAAAUGCAAGUGCGCCUCAAUCUCUACUUGUCGCUGCGCUAUAGCUUCCUCGCCUACCUCCUCCUCCCCACGGCCGUGCUCAUGAUCAACCUCACGGUGAUCAAUCCGCCGGGUACGUGGCGCUACGUCUGGGCGACGUACGUCUUUGAAGAGGUCGUCAUGGCCUGUAUCUUUACCCACCUCGGCCUCGUCCUGCGCCCCGUGCACCCAAUGACGCUCGACCUCUUGACGCAGAAGAAGGCGACAUAAAUAAGAGCGUUCUGUUUCUCGAGUCUACUCCUCGGCCAAGGAAGAUGCGUCGCCAGGUCGAAACACGAUCGACUGUGAGAGACGGCG